GCAGCAACUCACAAAUCUCACAUCUACUUGCGCCCCUUCUCCCAAUUCAUCCUAGCAGCAAGCAUAUAUUGAGCCACUUGAGUACUGUAACAACAGCUCUAUAUGGCUUGCAAGCCUCAGCUCCUGUUCUUCACCGCGAUCGCGGCUCUAGCCUCGAUCAUCCAUCCUUGUGCAUCCGUCGAGUUUCACCGCAAGCUAUCCAGCUGGUCCGACGGCGGCGCAACGUGGUACGGCGCCGCCACUGGGGCUGGAAGUGAUGGUGGCGCAUGCGGGUACCGAGGUGCCGUCGACCAGGCGCCGUUCUCGUCCAUGAUCGCCGCGGGGAGCCCUUCCAUCUACAACUCCGGCAAGGGCUGCGGCUCUUGCUUCCAGGUUAAGUGCACCGGUAACGAUGCGUGCUCCGGCGACCCCGUGACCGUCGUCAUCACUGACGAAUGCCCUGGCGGUGCGUGCCUCAGCGAGCCGUCCCACUUCGACAUGAGCGGGACGGCAUUCGGCGCCAUGGCGAAGCCCGGCCAGGCCGACAAGCUGCGCGGCGCCGGCGUCCUCCAAAUCCAGUACACCCGCGUGCAGUGCAACUGGCCUGGCGUGCAGCUAACCUUCGUGGUCGACGCCGGCUCCAACCCGGAGUACUUCGCCGUGCUCGUUAAGUACGUGAACGGCGACGGCGACCUCUCCGCCGUCGACCUCAUGCAGACCGGGGCUGGGGCAUCGUGGGCGUCCAUGCAGCCCUCGUGGGGCGCCGUCUGGAAGUUCAGCGCCGGGUCGCCAUUGCUGGCGCCCUUGUCCAUCCGCCUGACGUCCAGCUCCGGCAAGCAGCUCGUCGCCAGCAAUGUCAUUCCCGCGGGGUGGACGCCCGGCGCCACCUACCAGUCUUCUGUCAACUACUAAAACCACAACUACAUGCAUUCUGCAAGUAUAUAUGCAUUAUGCAUGCAUAUUUACUGUAUAAGUAAGUCGUCGCGUGUGUCAUAGCUGCCUAUAUGUACUGUUUGUGUGUCUGGACUCUCGCUAGUCACAACGGUGGUGCGGUAGUGUAGCUCACUACUGCAAAAGAGCAAUAAGGGCAAGAGGCAGAGCAGGAGGAGGCGCAGAUAGGCGAGUAUGGGUCUCCCCUCUUCGCCGCUAGUCAAUGCCUAUAUAUGCAUGCUAUACUGAGAUGUGUGUUAAUAAUGCUGUGUAUCAGUGACAGCAGCUUGGUGUUACCGUAUAAUUAAUGUACUGAUUGUUGAAUGAUGGUUGCUUAAUGCAUAAUAUGAUACUAUACCUCA